AUGCAAAUCAACGGAGAUAGCUCUGAGACCAAUGGCUCCCCAGAAACCAUCAACGAUGUGAUUCUGCUCGAGAGGCGGGAUUACGAAGACCCAGAAGAUAAAGAUGGGUUUUAUUCUCAUCGUACAAAACUUUAUGAGCUUGGGAAAGGUCCAGCCGCCAAAAGGCAGAGGGCCGAGGAAGGAGAAAGUGAGGAGUUCGGUAACUAUACAUUUCGGUGUAUAGAACAGAAUUCCAAAUACACCUCCGGUAGAAUCCUUGAGAUCAAAUCCGAUCCAGUUAAGAAGGCUUUGGAAAAGAUUGUAAUUGGCUACCCCGAUAUCUCAUUUUCGGUCCAAACCCCAAUUUUGAACUUCCCGUUGAACGAACUUCAUAUUUUCAGCGACAAGUUAAAUGCGUUGGCUGAGGAAGAGGAAGGGAAAGGAACCGAACUCGGACACCAUCUAAGUGUUUUGAUGAAGUUUUUGAAUAACGAAUGGGCACCAUACAACAAGAAGGUUAGCUACUGGACAGAUGUUGGAUUGAUCACUUAUGAAUAUCUAUGGACUUUGUUCCAGCCAGGAAGCUAUAUUUACACGACAAUUAAUAAGAAGUCUCGGGUCCUAAAGCUUAAUUCUUUUCAAUACCAAAGUAGCUGCUCCUCCAAAUGGGCGCAACUUUACGGUACCUACAUCGACUACGACGGUACUAUGUUCGGCGAAUCAUCCAUGGACUUCACGAUCCCAGAGUUCAGAGGCAGCAGAAAAAUACUUGAACUUCAAGUUUUCCCACUUGAAAAACAUCCAAAGAAAGAGGCUCUUGUAAAGCGAUUGAUCGAUAGAGGAACAAAAUUUGUCGGACUUCAAGGUUACCACUGCAAGAAGUACAAUGGCCCUGUCCCGUGCGGAUCUUCGAUUAAUACCCGGGUUAUGGUCGACUCCCUAUCUUACGGAGGAAGCAAAUACCUGUCCGCACUCAAACGGUCAGCUGUUGAAGAUGAAACGGAAGACAAGUAUCACGACGAAGACGGAAAUCCGAUCGAUAAACCAGAAUCCACGGAGCUUCUUGAGCUGACUGACGAUGAGAAAUUGAUUUGCACGGCUCUUAUUCCGGCAUUCACUCUUGAUGACCAUAAGAUCUGGCUGGAAGUUUUCAUUGAUGACAUCCAAGACAUCGAAUGGAAUCCAGAGAUCUUUUCCAAGCUCGUGCUUCCGGCUGAAACUAAACAGCUGAUCCGCGGUCUUGUGGAAUCUCAUAUCAACGAAAAGAGCCAAUUUGAUGAUUUUAUCGAAGGCAAGGGUAAAGGUCUCAUCUCUGUUCUUCACGGACCCCCUGGUCUUGGGAAGACCAUGACAGCGGAAACUGUUGCAGAAUACACAAAAUCCCCACUGUACACCAUUUCCGCGGGUAGUCUUGGGACAAACGUAUCUAGUUUGGAAAAGAGUUUGCGACGUAUUCUAGAUUUGGCUCAAAGAUGGAAGGCGGUCCUCCUGCUAGAUGAAGCAGAUGUUUAUCUCGAGGAGCGAUCGGUUCAUGACAUUGAACGAAAUGCUCUCGUUAGCAUAUUCCUUCGCCUUGUCGAAUAUUAUCAAGGGAUCCUCUUCUUGACCACAAAUCGCGUAUCGACUUUUGACGAUGCGUUUCAAUCGCGAAUCCAUGUUGCGCUUCGCUACAGCAAGCUCGAUACCGACGCACGUGAGCAAAUCUGGAGAAACUUUAUUACUAGGAUGGAUAAAAGGGAGACGAGUAUUGUUGAGGAGGAUUAUAAGGAACUUUCGGCUGUGGAUUUGAACGGAAGACAGAUCAAGAAUGCGAUCAGGACCGCGUUGAGUAUUGCUGAUACUAAUGGCGAGACGCUGGGACUUAAGCAUUUCAAUAUUGUUUUUGGGGUAAUGGCCACCUUUGAGCGUGAUUUGAAGGGUAUGAAGGCUUCCCGAACAUGA